AUGGACGAAUUUGAAAGACGACGUAUAGAACAUCUUCUUGAUACGUUCAGUGAUGAAGAAGUUUGGGGCGGUGUGUCAGAUGAUGAAGAUGCUGAAGAAUCAACAACAGAAAAUAUGAGUGAAAAUAUUACAGACACAGAACAGUCAGAUUUAGAAAGCAAUUCUUCUGACAGUAUUAUUGAUUAUUCUAAUUCAGAUUUGUCCUAUCAUGAAUCUGAUGAUGAAUUACCUUUGAAUUUACGCAAAAAAUAUUUCGUGGGAAAGGAUGGAACUAAAUGGUCACGUAGACCACCAAACCAAAGAAUUCGAGUCGCAUCAGUAAACCAUGUAACUGAAAAACAUGGUGUGACAGAAAUUGCCAAAAAUACAAAAACUAUUUUAGAAGCAUGGAAUUUAUUUUUCCCAUUGGAAAUGAUUGAACAUAUAGUUGAAUGGGCUCUAAAAAACGGACAUCGAAAAACACGAGAUAUUUGGUCAAAUGAUGGUUGUGGAAUUGAUAUUGUUAUGUGUGCUAUGUCAGAAAAUCGAUUUUUGUUUUUACUGAGAUCAAUCAGAUUUGACGAUUAUCGAAGUCGCGAGGAACGCAAAAAAAUCGAUAAAAUGACUCACAUACGUAAAGUUUUUGAUGAUUUUGUACAAAACUGUAAAAUGAACUAUAAAAUUUCUGAGUAUGCUACAUUAGAUGAAAAAUUACAGUCUUUUCGAGGUCGCUGCCCAUUUAGACAAUAUAUGCCAAACAAACCAGCGAAAUAUGGCAUCAAAAUAUUUGCACUAGUGGACAGUAUAAGCUAUUACACAUCGAACUUGGAAGUGUACACUGGAGUUCAACCUGACGGACCAUUUCGUGUAGAUAAUUCAGCUAUUUCUGUAACCAAACGUCUUGUACUCCCAAUUUUGAAAACAGUAUCUUAUAAAGCGAACAAAAAGAAAACUGUAUUGUUACUUUCAACAAUGCAUAGUGGAAAAAUAAUUGACGAAACUACUGCUGAAAAAAAAAAACCUGAAAUAAUAACUGCAUAUAAUUGUACAAAAGGAGGUGUGGACACCAUGGACUUUAUGUCAGAAAACUACAGUGUUGCAAGAGCUAGUGCACGUUGGCCGUUGACUAUAUUUUAUGCAUUGAUGAACAAUGGCGGAAUAAAUGCGCAAAUAAUAUAUCAAGAAAAUACCAAGAAUAAAAUAACUCGUCUCCAGUUUCUGAAAGCAUUAGGUAAAGAGUUAAUGCAAGAAAAUGUAAAAAUUCGUGCUACAAUUCCAGCUGUUCGCUUACAAGUCAAAUCAAUGAUAAAAAAAUAUUUCGAUGUACAAGAAACCAUACAAAAUGUACGCUCAAAAGGCCGGUGCUCAUUUUGUGAAAGAACUCGUGAUCGCAAAACAACAAAGGUUUGUACAACGUGUGUUAAAUUAAUAUGCCGUGAUCAUAUAAUCGAAGUAUGUCCCGAUUGUUACGCCAUAUAA